GGAGAAUGAGGUGGACAAGUGCGCGCUUUUUAUUAUCUUUAAUUUUCUCUAAUACCUCUACAAACGAUACAUUAUCGAAAUUUAAAGUGAUUUUUGAAUGUUUGAUGUUAGCUUUGAAAGGGACACUCUGAAACUAACGUUAGUUCAAUAUCGGAUGAGAGAGUUUCUUCCGGACUAUUUCGGUUAUCAUAUCACCGCGGGAUUUUCUUUCGGAGCAGGUGUUAAACCGUACGCCGCCAAGGACAAUUUUAAAUCCGCGUACUGUCAAUCUCACGUUUGUACGGCCAUGAUACCGGCUCGGGAAUUAAAGAAAUUGGCGGAUAUCUUGUUUCCUCCCAACAUUAGAUUCUGUUGAAGACGGUUUAACGUGUAGUCAUCUGACUCAACUGUAUACUAAUUUAAAAUAGUUACAAAUAUCAAUGUGGAACAUUUUAUGUCUGGAUUAGGAGCCUAAAUUAGACACAGAAAUUCAAGAUGACUUCGGAGGCGAGCCAAGUGUCUUUGAGUGAGUUGCCAAUGGACAACUGGAUGGCCCAUCUGCCUAUUGCACUAUGGGAUACUCCGCUCUGUUUCAUGGCCAUUCCAGGAAGUCAUAAUGCAAUAACUUAUUGUCUGGACAAAAAUGACCGAUCUCCAGUGGACAUGACCCAGCCAGAUAUGCUGCAAAAGCUGGACAAGUACAUGAAGCCCAUCAUACGCCCAUUUGUUUACAAGUGGGCGAUAGCACAGGAGUGUAGCGUUAAGGAGCAGUUGGAUUCUGGCGUAAGAUACUGUGACCUGAGGAUAGCACAUCGGCCUAAUGACAGUUCGAAUGAUCUUUACUUCUACCAUGGUGUUUAUACCACUGUUACUGUGGAGACAGUAUUAAAAGAGAUCAAAGAGUGGCUGGAUGUUCAUCCCAAAGAAGUUGUUAUCCUCUCAUUUAGUCACUUUCAGGGUCUCUGCCAAGAGCUCCACACACAGCUUGUCUCAACUAUAAAGAGUGUUUUUGAUUCCAAACUGUGCCCCAAAAUGGAGUGCGUGGCACUACGCAAUUUAUGGAGCCAGGGUUAUCAAGUUAUCAUUUCAUAUGAGCAUAAUAUUGCCAACUGUCACAGAGAGCUGUGGUCCCACAUUCCUUACUGGUGGGCCAACAAGCCCAAGGCUGAAGCCCUGAUUGAGGAAUUUGAACGUAGGAAACAAAACGGACGGCCAGGAGGAUUCUUUGUGACAGGCAUCAAUCUUACUGAAGAUCUGAAGUACAUAUGCUCCCAUCCAACAGAAUCACUGAAGGAUGUGGUGAUGGCUACAUAUCCCACAUUACUUGGCUGGGUCAAGCAACAGAAGCCAGGCUCUAGAACUGGCUCUCUCAACAUUAUUGCCGGGGACUUUGUGACAGAGAGCCAGUUUAUACCAACAGUCAUUGCACUGAAUGAAAAUCUGCUCAACGGGAGCAUUUGAUUAGGUCCUUUAUCCAUUCAUAAUCUUCACAAUGUACUUAAUAUUUAAAGAAAUAACUGUUUUGUUGUCGCUCCUGUGAUGGACUUUUUUACUAGUCAGUUGCACUUAUUAAGUAUAAUGGUAAAAGAGAAUUUUGAGUUACGGGUAGAAUAAUGCAUUGAUUUUAUGACUUGAAUUAUUUACUGUCUUUUUAAGCUUAUUUAUGCAGUACCCAAUAUAUACCUCUGUAAUAUUGUUGGUAAAUGUUAAGUACCUGGUUCCAGCUGGGCAUUACUAUUAUCAGGAUCCAGUUUUCACAACAAUAAAACACAGCAGCAAGCACAAUGUUACACGCAGGAUAUAAUUUCCCAACGAGCAUCACACAGCACACCAGAUUGCAUUAGGAGUGGUGAUGAUGAAUGCUCAGUGCACAAAAGGGAUUUUCAAACACUCAGGAUUGUGCAUUCUUUAUUAUAUAGUCUUUUCAAUUCUCAAAUGUAUGUAAUGCAAUAUGGCGACACUGUUACCAUAUGUACAUUUCUGCAUGGUGUGUACACUCAUGAAGCAUGAAGACUUCCUGAAACAUUACGGCAGCUGCAGAUUUGUUUUCUGCCACAGUAGCAUGCCAUUUAAAUAAGAUAAACAAGUGAAGAUUUUCUCAUCAAAAUCAAAAAAUACAUUACACUAAUACAACUAUCAAAAUGGUUGAAGGGUGUAUACAG